GGCUGCCACGAUAACAACCAUUUGUGAGUUCGUUGCUCAUUUUAUUUCCAAAUUUGAUUGUACUUAAUUCAGCAGGAUAGGUGGUGAUGUACUACUGAUUACACUAAAAGUAACAGAUUAUUAGAAGCUUUUGAAAUGGAAAUUAGGGAAGAACGUCCCUUUUUCAUCAGGCAUUUUACUUCGAUUACGCGAAUCGUUGGCCUGUUUACCAGCGCAGCCCUGUGGUGGACAGGUGUAUUUCUGGCUGACCAAGAUGACAAAAGGGUAGCCGCAUACCUUAUGAUAUGUGGUUUUGCUGUUACUUUUUUUGAGAUAACGUUCAUUUUGAACAAGUGUGCUUGUUGUGGGGAAGAGAGUUGUGGCCAGGCUUUGUGGAAGUAUGUACUAGCUGUUGAUAACUGGAAGAAAUCACUCCUUUACACUUCUUUGUCUAUCAUGUGCUACUUGCAUCCCAAGGAGUUCUGGCAAGCUGUAGUUGCUGGAGUGUUGCUGGAUUUUACAGCAUUGCUAUAUCUCAUAAGAACUUUCAGAACCAAAAAUUCCCUUGAACCCUAUAGAUAUAAACAGUUAGAAGUUAGAUAAUAAUUAUUUGUCUCAAAUCAAGCACAUUCAGUUGAAAUAAGGCAUCAAAUUUACAUUGUAUUUAAUGCAAAGAGGGAUUACUCAUAGGAAAAUUGUAAAGUACCAUUGCAUAUCAUUGCAAGGUAGUUUGGCUGUGAGUUGAAGACUGCCUUCAACAGACGAAUGGAUGGAUUUAAUCUUAUAACAGAUGUUUUAUAAAAUCAGGUGUAUUAAGGAAGGGAAUAUUAUUUAUCAGUGUCUGCUGAUGAAAUGCUUUCAAUGCUUAAACUAUAGAGAUAUGAAAAAUUGAAGAGAGCUGCAGUUCUGUACUACUCUUGACUCAAGAUUAUUGUUAACCAUUUUAAUCUCUUUCACCAAUGUGACACUUAAUGUUCAUAAUGCAACAUAUUCAUUCCAAAAACAAAAUAUUUUGAUCAGAUUAAAUGUAUUUAUAAAUCUAAUACUUCCCAACAAGAUUUCUUAUAUUUCAUGUAGACUUUACAUUAGUGAAUGAGAAAUAGAUCUAGCAUAUCAAUCUAGGUAGCUUUUGUUUUGACAACAGCAGAACUCUGCUAACUCAUACCCCCAAAUGAGUCAAAAAAUGGUUUAAGUUAGUGAGGGUUUGAGUAAACUGAUCAUAAAUUACUAAAAAAAUUAGUCAAGGGAAAUGGGAUCUUGUUCAGGUUACUGGAGGUUUGAGUUAUCUGAGUUCAAGUAAGUGGGGUUCUACUGUAUUGCUGUGAAUUUUAGUAUAGACUAAGAGACUAAGGCCCCAUGGUCUUGGGUACCAUAGACCAUAUGAAUGGGGCCUAAGUAACUACUAAAAACUCCAAUCCUACAAAUUGGCAGAUUUGAUAGUCUGAUUGUACAGGUGAGUGUAGUCCUGAGAAGGACUGUUGUCAGUUGUGGUGACUGACAUUUUGACAAUCUGAGCAAAGUCACUAGGCUCUGAUGGCUACCACUCAGCAUGUCACUAGGCUCUGAUGGCUACAGCUCAGCUUGUUACUAGGCUCCGAUGGCUACCGCUCAGCUUGUCACUAUGCUCUGAUGGCUACCGCUCAGCUUAUCAAAACGUCAGUCACCACUACUAUCAACAGUCCUUGUCAAGACCACACUAUCACAUGUUACCUCAUUUACUGUGUACUUCAUUAUUUGUCCUUUUUCCAAGAAACUAUCAUGAUAGCGUCUUAGUUGUUCAUUUCUCCCAGAGAGAUAUUAUUUUUUCCAAACUUGAAUCCCACCAUAUUAUACGAUAUUUUAAGCCACACGAAAUGUAUUUCGAUUAAAAAUGAAAACAUACAUGUAACAUCAGGACAAUGUAUGUUAGAAAAUAUCACAUUCCAAACAAAAGGAUUCAAACUAGAAUCAAAUUCACUCUAUGACUUGGUUGGAUAUAGAGAGUUGUAUCAUCAUUAAUUUUACUUCAAAUUAAUUCAAGCCACAACCCUCAGUCACAGAUCAAGUAAUUUUUACAGUGCCAAAUGGAAGAAGACCUAAAUUCAAGAUUGUUACUAUUAUUUAUAUUUUCAUUUGGAGUAUAUCACCAUUGCAUCAAUGAAAUAAAUUGAUUUAAGAAAAACUCCAUGCUUAUCAAGGAAUGAUUAAUUCCAAGGGUGUCAACUCUUUAUCAUAUACUCAUUAGAGAUAAAUUGUUGCUUGUGAUAAUGGAUUCAUUCAGAAUAUAAUUAUACAUGAUGUAAAUUAUUUAAUUCAGAGCCCUCUCUACCUAAUGUCAACCAUAUGCAAUGUAAAAUCUUUGAAAAUAAUAAAAAGAAGCUUUCAUUUUAAGUCAGUAUGAAAAUGUUAACUUCAGUGGAGGUUUAUCUGUUCCUGAGUUCUUGCUGUUCUUAGUAGUUGCAUUCCCAACCCUCUCCUUUUUCCUUCUACGAGUACAUGUCUUAUAAUAUUUUUUCCAGGUCUUUCUUGUGGUGUGAAUUCUUUUAAACCAGUUGAUUUUUAUUUUAUUACUUUUUGUUGUGAUCAUCAUUGUAAUCUG